AAUAACAGCUCCCUACCCUUACAGUUUGAACGAACGUCUGUCAUUCGCACUGGUUCCAUUAUGAAGGCACUUGUGAUUUGCUUUCUUUUAAUGGGCCACCUCGCCGAGAUGGGACAUUGCACUGAAACACACGACCAAAUUCUGUCAAUCACACCAACAACACCAGAACAAGUGGGGAUUGUGAAGAAUAUCUCCACUCAAUAUGAGACCGCAUUGUGGCAGCCCGUCGAUGCCCAGUACAUCCAAGAAGAAACUCAAGUUCACCUCUUUGUUCCUGCAAACAGCUCAGCCACAGUCAAGGCUUUGCUGCAGCGACAUAACAUAGCACAUGAAGUGUUACUGGACAACACCAAUCAUCUGAUUGAAAUGCAGACGAGGAACGAUUCCACCGACCCGAGAAGCACCACGAGUUUCUAUGAGCAAUAUCACAGCCUAGAGGAUAUCUAUUAUUGGAUCAACAGGACCGCCCAGGACAACCCAAACACAAUCCAAACCAUUCUUCUGGGUUCCUCAUUUGAGAAACGACCGCUCUACGCUCUGAAGAUCUCACUGAACAGUGAGAAUAAGAAAGCCUUGUGGAUUGACUGUGGGAUCCACGCCAGAGAGUGGAUCUCUCCUGCCUUCUGCUUGUGGUUUGUACAAUAUUCCUUAGCUUUUUACAAGCAAAACCAGGACAUCACUGACAUUUUAGACAACAUGGAUGUUUACAUCCUGCCUGUGAUGAAUCCUGACGGGUACCUUUACACAUGGACUACGAACCGAAUGUGGAGGAAGAGCCGAUCAAUCCACCCAAGUAGCUAUUGUGUUGGUGUUGACCUUAACAGGAACUUUGACGCAAACUGGUGCACGGAGGGAGCCUCCAAUGAUCCCUGCAGUGAGAUCUACUGUGGUGCCUUCCCUGAAUCGGAACCCGAAUCGGAGGCCGUAGCCAACUUUCUGCGCAGUAAGAAGGACACCAUCGAGCUUUACCUCAGCAUUCACGCCUACUCUCAGAUGCUGCUUUUCCCAUACUCCUGCACCUUGGAUGAGGCCCAGAACCACAAUGAGCUGCUUGAGAUGGCUCAAGAUGCUUCCCGAAAUAUCAGACGAUAUUACAGAAACACUUACAAAUAUGGUGCAGGAGCACAGACGAUAUACCUGGCUCCUGGGGGCUCUGAUGACUGGGCGUACAAUCUUGGCAUCAAGUACUCGUUCACGUUUGAGCUCCAGGACCGCGGACGCUAUGGCUUUCUUCUGCCACCAUCUCACAUUUCCCAGGCAUGCAAUGAAGCACUGCUUGCUGUGAAGACUAUUGCUCGAAGGGUCAUAGACAAAACAAAAGCUUCAAUAAGUCCUUCUUCAACUGCAUAAGUAGCAGUACAACAAAAAUAUACAUGAUAAUAAAAUCAGGAUAAACCCUGAAAA